AGAUACAGAUACAGAUACAGAUACAGAUACAGAUACAGAUACAGAUACAGAUACAGAUACAGAUACAGAUACAGAUACAGAUACAGAUACAGAUACAGAUUGUCAUUCUAUUAAGACUGAUACUUUGUGGCAAGAUUUAUAAACAUUAAUUAUAGAACAUAAUAUUUCACAUUAUACUGCAAACAAAUUAUUGAAAAUUCUUAGAAAACAUGGUAAUACAAAUUUACCUUGUGACGUAAGGAGUUUAGUUAACACGCCACGAAACGUGUCUGUAAAAAUGAAGGUUAUGGGCGAUGGCCAUUAUGCACAUUUUGGUAUUUUCCAUGCUCUCGAGCGAUCUAUAAAAGUAUAUUCCAAAUUUAUAACAGAAAAUAAAAUAAAAUUAAACAUCAAUAUUGAUGGUUUACCUAUCUCUAAAAGUUCCGGUAGUCAGUUUUGGCCCAUAAUGGCAUCCAUUGAAGAAAUAAAUGUUUAUACAUCAUCAUUUAUAAUUGGCGUGUAUCACGGUAUGCGUAAACCAAGUAAUCCUAAUGAAUUUCUUACGGAUUUUGUUAAUGAUUUCCUCCUACUUAAUCGAAAUGGUAUAACUAUUUCCAAUAAAAAAUAUAUAGUUUCUUUCAAUGCAAUCUUGUGUGAUGCUCCGGCUAGAUCUUUUAUAACAUGUACUAAAGGCCAUACAGGAUACUUCGUAUGUUCAAAAUGUGUUCAAAAAGGCGAUUUUGUACAUAAUCGAGUAAUUUAUUCAGAAACCCAUAAUGCUUUACGUACAAAUGAUACAUUUAAAAAACGUGCACACAUUGAACAUCACACAGGUGAUUCUAUUUUAGAAAACCUUUCUAUUGGCAUGGUGUCUCAAAUUCCACUUGACUAUAUGCAUCUUGUUUGCCUUGGUGUUAUGAAAAGAUUAUUACAAAUAUGGUUAAAAGGAAAUAAAAAUGUACGAUUAUCAAUAGACAAUGUCCAUAAAAUUUCCAGUCAUUUAAUAUCAAUGAAGCCUUACAUUCCAAUUGAGUUUGCAAGAAAACCUAAAGGUUUAUACGAUGUCGAUAAAUGGAAGGCCACCGAAUUUCGUCAAUUUUUACUGUAUAUUGGAAUUGUCAUUAUGAAAUUAAUAUUAUCUCCGAUGUUGUACAAUCACUUUCUUUGCCUUAGUGUUGCUAUAAGGAUUUUAAUAGAUCCGUAUCUAUGUGUGAAGUUCAAUGCUUAUGCUAAUUCCUUAUUAUUAUGGUUUGUUUCUCACUAUGGAGAAUUUUAUGAUGAGAAAUAUUUUUCGUAUAACGUCCAUAAUAUUCUUCAUCUUGCUAAUGAUGUACAAACUUUGGUUCCUUAGAUAAUUUCAGUUGUUUCAAGUACGAAAACUAUAUGCAAAAAAUAAAAAAGAAACUACAUAAAUGUGGAAAACCUUUGCAGGAAUUGUCCAAUCGUAUAUCUGAAGAAUUACAGCUUCCGAUUCAUAAAUGUCACAUAAAGCAAUAUCCAAUUGCUGUUUAUAAAAAAAAUGAAAUUUCUUAUUUACAGUUUGAUAGUUUUAAAAUUUCAAGAAAGAAAUUCGAUAACUGCGCGUUACUUGAUGACAAUUCUGUUAUUUAUGUUUUAGAUAUAUUGCAAGAUAAUUGCGUAUUAUCUAUCCGUGCACGUCUUUUACAUCCACAAUCUUUUUUUACAGUUCCGUGUGAUUCAAAAAAGUUAUGUAUAUUUUUGAUAACUAGCAGUACUAUUUCAGAUAUUAUAAAAGUUCCAGCAACGCGAAUAAAACGAAAAUGUUUAAAAUUAAAACAAUAUAACAAAGUUGAUUCUUCUGUCGUGAUACCGCUUUUACACGCCAAUAAUUAGAUUGACGAUAAAUAGAGGCACAUUGAUUUCUUUACCUUUUUAAUGUCGGAAUAGUUAUAUAAAAAAUGAUUAAAUAAUAUAUGUAUUGCCUGAAUCUUAGUUUUUAUAAGAUAAAUACUGUAAAAAUGGCAAAAUCUAUGGGGAUUUUUAAAAAAUUGAAGAAUAACAAAAAUUAGAAAGUGGAUUUAUAGAAUAGAAUGGAGUUUGAUAGAAGAAAAACAAAUAAAAAGUACGCGGUUGUGAAAUUCCUAUCGGAUUGUACUUAUUCUGAAAUUCCAACGCUGUGGCUUAUACAAGAAGGAAAUACUCAGGAAUGCUGGUGGCCACCUCGUACUGCAAAUACUCCUUUAUUGAUGACAAAUUAUACAUCUCCGAAUUAUGACACAUGGGAUCGCUACGAAAUCGAAAUAAUAAAAUAUUGUACAUGUCUGGAAUCGGCAAGAAAAAGUGCAGCAGAUGCCACAUAUAAUACAACGGAUGAAGAAAGAUUGGGGCGAGGAAAGAGGCAGCAUAUACCAUACCAUCGAUUCAGCAGUGAUGAAGAUGAGUCCCAUGAAGAGGAAAAACAGAAGAAAAUGAGGAAGAAACAAUCAUAUUCUGCUAUUCCUGCUACACCUGAAAAUUUUGCCUUGAGCUAUGAACGUUCCAAUGAAGAUACAAAUACGAAUAUAUAUGAUAUACAUCAAAAUGAAAUGCGUUCAAAGCACGGUAUAUGUCAUUAUCAUAUAUAA